AUGGCUACUACUAGCGACAAUGUCACGUUCGGCUUUAUCGGCCUAGGCAACAUGGGCUCAAUGAUGGCGCAUAACCUCGCCACAUAUGCUCAGUCGAAUGGCCUCCCCAAGAUCCAGAUAUGGAAUCGCACACGGGCCAAGGCCGAGUCUUUGGCAACGAACAACCACUGUGAACCAGCCGGUAGCAUCCUCGAGCUGGCGCAGAAAUGCGACAUUAUCCACACAUGCCUGGCCAACGACGAGGUGGCCUUGUCAAUAUGCCGGGAGCUCUUUCCGGCGCGAAAAGAAGGACUGAUGCUUGUUGACCACUCGACCCUGUUUCCGACCACGUCGUCCACUCUGAAUAAAGAAGCUCGACGGGCGGGCGUAUCGUUCAUGUCUUGUCCCGUGUUUGGACCACCUGCCGCAGCCAAGAGUGCGGGCCUCCUGAUCGUGCUUUCGGGGUCUGAGCGUGCCCGGGAGAAGGUCAAGUCGUACAUUGUGCCGACGCUCGGCAAGGCCGUGAUUGACUGUGGCGAGGAUACCUCCAAGGGAGCGCUGCUCAAGAUCCUGGGGAACAACUGCAUCCUGGGCACGAUCGAACUGCUGUCCGAGAGCUUUACGCUGGCGGAGAAGACGGGCUUUGACACGAAUAUCUUCUACGACUUCAUCCAACAAUGGUUUCCAGCCGCGGCAUGGGUCAAUUACGGCAAGAAGAUCCGCGACGGCACCUUCUCUGGCAAGACGGGCUUCACGCUGCCCGGCGGGAUGAAGGACGCCGCAUACAUUCGCCGGCUGGGUGCCGAGACGGCAACUCCGACGCCCAUCAUCGACCAAGCCUGGAAUCAUCUGACGACGGCAAAGGCCAUCGGGGGCGAGUCGCUGGACUGGAGCGCGUGUGCUGCCGGAAUGCGUGUCACUGCCGGUCUCAAACCCUUCAAGGGCGAGGACUUUACAUUGCGGACGGACCAGGCCGACGGGGUCAACGGGGCGGAACCAUAG